GUGGCAUGCAGCAUUGCUCCUUGCAGCUGGAAGAGAAAGCUAAUACAGCCAGGUUGGACGGGACCGAGGUAGAGCCAUGUUGCUGUGGCCAGUAUGGAGCGCAAUACUGCUGCUGACCCCCCUGGAGGCUGCAGAGGAGGACCAUGUCCGAGCAGGCUGCAGCACAGCUGUAAAUGACCUGGUCUAUAUUGUCGAUGGCUCAUGGAGUGUUGGCUUCUCUGACUUCGACACGGCCAAGCAGUGGCUUAUCAACAUCACCAGCCAAUUUGACAUCAGUUCCCACUACACACAGGUGGCUGUGAUCCAGUACAGCGACACUCCCCGUCUGGAGAUUCCUCUGGGGAAACACCAGGGUGGAGCAGAGCUCAUCCAGGCCAUACGGAGCAUCGCCUACCUGGGAGGGAACACACAGACUGGCAGGGCCGUCAAGUUUGCCGUGGACCACGUCUUCUCCUCCUCCCAAAGAGCCAGGCAGGUCAAGAACCGCAUUGCUGUGGUGGUUACUGAUGGCAAAUCUCAGGACGACGUGGUGGAUGCCAGUAUGGAGGCACGAGCUCAGGGCAUUACAGUAUUCGCCGUUGGAGUUGGCAGUGAGAUCACCACCUCGGAGCUGGUAUCCAUCGCCAAUAAACCAUCAUCCACCUAUGUCCUGUAUGCCGAAGAUUACACCACCAUUGACCGUAUCCGAGACUCCAUGGAGCAAAAGCUCUGUGAAGAGUCUGUGUGUCCAACACGAAUCCCUGUGGUGUCUCGCGAUGAGAAAGGCUUUGAGCUGAUGGUGGGCAUGAACAUUCAGAUGAAGGCCAAGAAGAUCCCUGGCUCUCUGAUUUCUGAGACAGCCUACGCUCUGACUGCGUCCACAGACAUUACUGAGAAUACCAGGGAGAUUUUCCCAGAGGGCCUCCCUCCAUCCUAUGUGUUUGUAGUCACCCUGCGUCUAAAAGGGUCUUCUAGUAAGCUGACCUUUGACCUUUGGAGGGUGCUGUCUAAGGAUAAGGAGAUCCAGGCUGCAGUGACACUCAGUGGGAAGGACAAAACUGUCACCUUCACCACCACCAGUAUAACAGAAAAGGAGCAGAGAGUCAUCUUUAAAGGCGGCUUUCAGGCUCUGUAUGAUGGAAAGUGGCAUCAGCUCAAACUCCUGGUGAGGACACACCAAGUCACCAGUUUCCUUGACGAUCAACGGAUCCGGGAAGUAAUGCUGGGACCGGUGGAGCCCAUUUACAUCAAUGGGGAGACACAGGUGGCUAAGAGGCGAGGAACAGACAUCACUGUGCCUGUGGAGAUUCAGAAGCUGCGUCUGUACUGUGAUCCUCACCAGAGUGAGAGAGAAACAGCUUGUGAGAUCUACUCUGUGGAUGAUGAAAGGUGUCCUCUGAAUCGAACAGCCACAGUGGAGGAAGAAGACUGCAACUGUGUGGUCGGACCACCAGGGCAGCGUGGCCUGCCAGGACGCAUGGGUUUCCGAGGGGAGAAAGGGAGGGAAGGACCACCAGGACCUGAUGGUAAGCGUGGUAAAGAUGGGACACCUGGGGAAUCCGGCCCUCCUGGAUUACCAGGGAUGAAGGGUGAAGGUGGUCCAGCAGGACCAACAGGGGAGCCUGGUCUAAAGGGUAGCAAGGGAGACAGAGGGGAACCAGGAUUAUCGGGAGAACCAAGACCCCCAGGACCCAAGGGUCUUCCUGGUGAGAAAGGCGAGCCUGGACCUCCAGGAGAAACUGGACCAAUGGGGGAUCCAGGACUACCAGGCACCGGCGGACUGGUUGGGCCACCAGGACCAAAGGGAGAAACUGGGCCGACUGGUGCUGGUGGAGCUCAAGGUGCCCCGGGCGUGCAGGGGCCUCCUGGCAAAGCGGGCCCAAAGGGACCUCAGGGAGAGAGAGGGUUGCCUGGGCCACAAGGACCACCUGGAAUAAACGGAACACUGGGAAUCCAGGGGCCCCGGGGGCCGCCCGGAGAGAUCGGCCGAGACGGUCCCAAGGGGGAGUGUGGAGAUCCAGGGGUUGCUGGUCCUCUUGGUCCACCAGGCCAGAAGGGCUCAACAGGGGAGCCAGGUUUUCCAGGGCUGCCGGGUGCCACAGGGCUGCCAGGGUUCAAAGGUCACAAGGGGGAGAGAGGAGAGACGGGCUCUAAAGGAUACCAGGGGCAGCAAGGCAGAGACGGAGAUCCUGGGACUCCUGGUGUACCUGGCGAAGUGGGACCCAGGGGAAGGAAAGGAGAGAAAGGAGUGACAGGUGACGUAGGUUCCAGGGGGCCUGAAGGAAAAAAAGGGGACAUGGGCCACAUGGGUUCUGUUGGUCCCAGGGGAUUUCCUGGCCAGGAUGGGUUGCCGGGCCAACCAGGCCAACCAGGAUAUCCUGGGAAACCUGGCAAGCCUCCCUCAGAUGAACAUCUUCUAAAGCUCUGCACUGAUGUUCUGCGUAAUCAACUUCCAGCACUGCUCCAAACCCUGGCCCCCCCAGCUAGGUGCGAACCCUGUCUGAGCAUGAAGGGACCUCCAGGUGAGCCAGGAGCACUGGGACCCAAAGGCUCCAUGGGAACUCCAGGCUACCCUGGCAGGAGUGGUGCCCCCGGUUACCCAGGACCUCCUGGACUGCAGGGUCCUGCAGGCCUCAAAGGUGACAUGGGACCAAGAGGGCUCAAAGGCAGCAAAGGAGAAGGUUACCAUGGACCUCCAGGACCACCUGGACAGCCAGGGAUUCAGGGUCCUCGUGGCUUCGAUGGAAUUGGCCACCCAGGCAACCAGGGAAUUCCUGGAAAACCAGGACCACCAGGAGAUCCUGGUAAACGGGGUAACCCAGGGCUUCCAGGGGUUUGUGACGUUUCCAUAUGUUAUCAGACCUACAACCUAAGGGAACAUUACAGCAAAGGACCCAACGUCUGAUGACAUCAGACAGCAGCGUGGGAGAGCCUGCUAUUGACUUAAACACCCAAGUGUUUUUAGAAAGCGAUUUACUGUAUCACUGAUUUACUGUAGGUGCUGUGUGUGACUGUUGACUCCUUUAUGACAAAGUGUGUGUAGAGAACAGCUGCACUGGAAGCAGAAAUAACCUUAUUAGUUGAGUUAAACUGAAAUGGGCAGGGCAAUGAUUCAUGAUUAUGGAAUUCAUGAUCAAGCAUGGUCAGCAGGCUAAUGACCUAGCGUACUGAGAAACCAGGGUAACAUGGCUACUUUACACUUUUAAAGUUUGAAUAGCAAGUUUAAAUAGUGAAGUCAAACCCCAAGUAAGUCAGAUGAGCACAAAAAUGGUUGUAACUGAGCUGUGUUGUUUUUUGUGUAACUAGCAAGAGAACUAGGAUUGGGAAUAACAUUAGCUACCUCCUAUUUUACCAGAAUUACUCUUUAUGUUUAAGUCAGUGUUACUGAAGGCUUUGCUAACAAGACAGGAUGCUAACAGACCAACAACCAAGCAAAUAUUAUUUAAUAAUUAUUAAUUUAUUCCAGACUAUGAUAAAAACUGCAUAUUAUUAACAGAAGUGGACAAGAAUCUGCCCUUAUGCUGUGCUUGAAUGCUGCGGUUCCCUUGGCUUCACCAAAUGAGGUUUAUAUCAACCACUGAGAUUAUUUCUGCCUUCAGUGCAGCUCUGCCUCAGAGAAAUGAUUGUAUCUACAAAUUAUGUGAAACGUACAGUACAUGCCUUAACACUGAAUUGGGAUACAUCACAAUGGGACACACCAUUUUCACAUGAUUAACUUGUGAAAUGUUAGCUAACAGGUUAGGAAGUUUGGUCAAAGUUAAGUUUAAUUUCAUAGCUGAAAUCACUCUAGCCACAACAUUCUUAGUUUGCAGUGCAUUAUAUCACUGUCAGCCUGCUUCUAGUGCAUCCUACAUGUAAUCCCUUCUGUUGGAAAAACAUAUUUCUAUCACUUAUUGUGUAUGGAGCACCAGGGGUUGUGCUAAUCCAUCACUGUGACAUACAGGGUUGUAAGAAUCCUGUCACUGUCUAUUUUUAACCAUCAUAUUUGUUUUCCAAUAUUAUAUAGACUUAUUUUGCAUUGCUUUUCUCUGUGUGUGGAUUACCGUAAAUUCUCAAAUACUGGCCUUUAUUUACCUCAACUGCAGAUUUAUGCAGGCUUAUAUCAAUGACAGGCCUUAAUUUCUAUUUUCUCCAUGUUUUGUAAGUAUAUCUUAUCUCAAGUAAGAUGCCUCUGUGUUUCUUGAUGUGCUCCCAUUUUCAUUUGUUGUUAAUGCUGUUUGGUGUUGCAAACACAAAACUUCAUCCAUGUGUACUCUACCUGUCUUGAUAAAUUCAGUGUAAUUUAAUUUCCACAGCACUCUUUCCAUCAGUACAACAACAGAGUCACAUCCUACUCACCACUCUGCCACUCAAAGUCUCUUCAACAAAAAUACUGUUUUUAUUCAUCACUUACUUCCAGUCACUUCCACUUUGCCGUGUUUUGAUCACUGUUAAGUUACCAUCAAUGAAACUAUGAACUUACUGCACUGUUUUGCAUUAAAAGCAUUCCAUUUCUGGUAGGCUUUUAAUUUGCAUCUGCAGGAAGUGUUGAAUUUUAUUGCCAGUAACCUAACCACAAUUGGCAAAACAGCAGAAUAAAAGUGAUAUAAUAAGAAAUAAUCAGUGAAUGAAAACAGUAAUUCUCUUAAAAAAGAAACUCAGUGCAGCAGAGUGGUGAGUAUGGUGGCCAUGAUUAUUAUUUGAGACUUUUCCAUUAUUUAAAUACUAGAUUUUAUUUGAGAAUUUAUGGUAUACCAUUUGUAAUGAUAAAGCCAAAAUAGACUCUUUUAAGGAAGCCAUGCUCAAUGUUAAAAUAUUGAAAAAUUUAAAACAUUAACAUUAGUAAUAUGAAAUACGCUGAUUAAAUAACAGCGAGGUACCGUGUUGUCUAUGUUGUAAUUAUGCGUUAGCAAAGAUGGUUGUAUUACUGUUAAAAAUAUCACCAUGUGUGCCACUGUAUUAAGGCUCAGCCACACCUGCAUUUAAAAUGGCAAAAUUUCACGGCAAAAUCACUUCAUUUCAAUGGAAUUGCAGCAAUCAGUGGUUCCGCUUGCGGGGGCACAAAUCUUUAGUGUUGAGUUUAACUUUGGUGAAUUUUGACAUGCGACUUUACAGCAUUUACCAGUAGUAAAACGCCUUGACAGUGUAGACAUUUGAGGAGACAGAGCCCACUAAAGAGACAUGAUUUGCAGCCAGUUAUGAGCAGGAGUUGAUGGUAAAAAAACGUGUUUGGAAUAAACUGUGCACUAACUUAUUGUUCUGUUAGCUAGCUUGCAAAUUGCUCAUUCUUCUCGUCUUCAAUAACUCUUUAUUGAAUAAAAUAAUGUACAAUUCCUGAGAAUAAAAUGCACAAAGGCGUAUAUAUA